CCCCUUUCCUCUUGACAGAUAACGUCCGUGGUGGCGUCGAAAAGUCGCAAAAGCAAAGCAUUACCGUUACCAAAUCAGACAUAAAACAGGACUACUCGAGUACUCGAGUGCGGUGGUCUAUUCCCACCUACCCGCCUUUUUCUCCCUGCUCUUCUGGGCCUCCAUUAGUUCUUCAGCAUAGUGUGGCAUAUGCUAGCGGUACUCGAGUAGUGUACCAUAGUGUCAGCUGUAGCAGUGAGAACAGUGGCAAUGGUGUCCACCUUCAACAUCCUCCUCACAUCUCUGCUCCUCCUCUUCCCCACGGAAAUCCUCGGCAGCGCCGGCAAGCGCUCUUAUUGCAAGCUCACAAGAACAUACACGUACCACGACAACCUCGGCCCACUAUUCGUCGAGCAUCGGUACACCUGUGCCUUCCCGCCCUCCCCCUCCAUCUCCCGCAGCCCUGCACCCUCUAAAAGUUACUCCGACCACACCUGGGGUCCAAUCCGCCUACCGCCACCCUGGGACCACCCGGCGGGCUCCCAGGCCGGCGAUGCACGAGUCGCUGAGCGCGGCAGCAUAAUCAGCGAGGCGGUGGACUACGCGCAGCAACUCCGCGACUCUCAGCAGAAACACCAGAUCGUGUCCUACGGCUGCGAGUACCUCCCGGAUUCCCGACGACUGCCGCAGAACAGGUACUCGAAUCUGUUCUGGGGGGUUAGUCAGCUGUUCAACCAGACCUGCCUUGCGCCCGGCGAGAUGGUCGAGUUCGUGGACUAUCGCCGGCCCUGGACGGCGGAUUGGCGGUUCACCAAUCUGAACCGUGGCGAGAGAUCCAUUUGCGAUUGGUACACUGAGAUGGCGAAUGUUGGGAGGGCGCUGCAUUACUUUUGUUAUCAUACGCUCGGGAGAUCCGGGGAUGAGGAGUUUAGCGGUGGGGAGGAGAUUGUUGCGUUCGGGAGGGAUUCCAAUGAGCGCCGAGGACAGAGGUGGUGUUUGAGGUACUCGAAGAAGGGGUGGGGGGAGAAGUUGUUUGAUGAAGAGUGUUUGGGGGUCUGAUUUUCGGUAAAAUAGUUGAAAGG